AUGCCUUCACACGACAAGAAGAUCGAGGCGUAUAUUGAUUGCGUUUCACCUUAUAGCUUUUACUCGUUUUCCUAUCUUCGCGAGAAUAGACGCGCCCUUGAAACCCAGGGCGUAGAAGUCGAAUUCAUUCCCGUGUUUCUUGGGGGGAUUAACGUCGGCAGUGGAAAUAAGCCGCCAUGGACUCUUCCGGCCAAGGCGAGCUAUUCUAUUUAUGACGGUAGGCGAGCUCAAAAGUAUUUUGGACACAAAUUCGAGACUCCUGAUUUUUUCCCGAUUCUCUCAUUGCUGCCUCAACGCUGUCUUACAUAUGUCAAGAUGAAGCACCCCGAGAAACUCGAGGAUUUGUUCCAGUCAUGCUUUGAGUCAUUGUGGCUUGAACACCUCGACCUGGCAAAGCAGGAACACAUGCGCACUGGGCUCCUUAAAACGUUCAACAAACAAGAGGCGGAGGAGAUCCUGAACGCUGCACAAACAUCCGAGAUUAAGCUAGCCUUGAAUGACGUGACCAAGCAUGCCGUUGAAGAUCUUGGUGCGUUUGGAUGCCCGUGGUUCUGGGUGCACGAUGGCAAGGGAAAUGCGGAACCGUUCUUUGGAAGUGAUAGGUUUCACUACAUGUGGGACUACUUGGACCUCCCACACCGAGACUUGGAGCUUCAGGGCCUGGUCUCUGGAAAGCUGUAA